AGGCCGAGACGAUGCCCGACAUGAGCCGCUUCCCGGAUGGAAUAAGAGAAAUGAGACCGGACAUCGUCCGACAUCUCCAAGUGGCUCAUGCCAUGCUUGGUCUACUUCCAGAAACGCUUUUUUUAUCGGUCAACAUUGUCGACAGGUUCUGCUGUGAACAAAGCUUCUGUGGGGAGGCAUACUACAAGUUGAUCGGCUGUACUGCCUUAUGGAUUGCGUCCAAGUACAUUGAAGCAAAGGGGCGGGUGCCAUCUCUCAAGCGGCUUAUGCAAUUCAUUCCCGAAGGGUAUUAUCGAGACGAGAGAUUCUUCAUCCGGUUAGAAAUGGAUAUUCUUACUGAACUGAAGUGACGCGUCAACCACCCAACCCCAUAUUUCUUCAUUCAGCUUCUUGAGAUAGGCGAUGAUAACGAAGCUGCAGUGAGGGAGUUGGUAGUCGAUA